AUGAACAAAUGUCUGUCUGCUGCCUUUGUGAUGUUCAGCUUACUAAUGUACAACUCGGCCACACCUGGCUGCCAUCUGGGAAAGCUCCAGCCAGAAGGUGUACAGAUUGGGGGUGAUGUAAUUAUUGGCGGCACUUUUCUUGUCCAUGAUAAUAAGAUUUUCCCAGAAAGAAACUUCACUAAUUAUCCAGAACCAGCACAAUGCCAAAGUUUCAGCUUUAGAACAUAUCGUUGGCUGCAUUCCAUGGUCUACGCCAUCAAUGAGAUCAACGGCAAUCCCAACCUGCUCCCCAAUGUGACCUUGGGCUACAGUCUCUAUGACUCCUGUGAUGUCAUCCCCCGGGGCAUUGAAGGUGUUAUGUGGCUGGUCUCUGGCCAGGAUGAAGUGGUUCCAAACUACCGCUGUAAUACUAAAGCCCCCUUGGCAGCAGUCAUUGGAGAUGGAGCGUCAUCUGUUUCAAUCCCCAUGGCCAUUCUGCUUGGAAUAUACCGCUAUCCUCAGAUUAGCUACUUUGCAACAGCUCCAGCUCUGAGCAACAAGCAUGAAUUCCCAUCUUUUUUCCGCACUAUUCCAACUGAUAUGGUCCAAGGUAUAGGGUUGGCACAACUGGUUAAUUACUUUGGGUGGUCAUGGGUGGGUAUACUGACCGAUGAUGAUGACUAUGGACAAGGCAUUGCUACAGUUUUUAUGAAGGAAGCACAGGCUUCUGGAAUCUGUGUUGAAUUCUUGGAGCGAGUGCCAAUACUCUACUCUGAAGAGCGAACACGCCACAUAGUAGAAGUCAUCAAGGCAUCUACUGUCAAUGCUAUUGCAGUCUUCUCUUGGGAGGCCUACCUUUAUCCUGUCAUUAAAGAGAUUGAUAGGCAGAAUAUUACUGGGAAAAUCUGGAUUGGAAGCGAGUCCUGGUCUUCUUCUCCAGUGUUAUCCAAGAAUCAGAUUUUCAAGAUGCUGACUGGAAGUAUAGGAUUUGCAAUUCACAGAGGGGAUAUCCCUGGGUUCAAAGAGUAUCUGCUUAGUAUACACCCAUUCAAAUCUGCUAAUGAUAUCUAUGUUAAGCUUUUCUGGGAAGAGGCUUUUAAUUGCAAGUGGACCACCUCUAUUGGAGGUCCUGAAGCAGAAAAUGGACAAAAACUGUGCAAUGGAAAGGAAGAGCUAGCCAAACUGGAUAACAUUUUUUUGGAUGUGACUAAUUUGCGGAUGACCUACAAUACCUACAAUGCCAUUUAUGCUGUGGCGCAUGCACUGCAUGAUCUGAACUCCUGCAUACCUGGGAAAGGUCCCUUUAAAGAGCAGACAUGUGCAAAUAUUGCAGAUUUUGAACCAUGGCAGAUUCUCCACUAUAUGAAGAAUGUUCAUUUCAAGACUCAAGCUGGAGAGGAAAUAUAUUUUGAUGAAAAUGGAGACCCUCCAGCUCUCUAUGACAUUGUGAACUGGCAGCCCACCCCAAGUGGAGAUAUCCAGUAUGUUAAAGUGGGCAGCUUUGAUUCUAGUGCACCUACUGGAAAGAAACUCAUCCUGAAUGAGGACACCAUCAUCUGGCCGGGAGGAAGGAAAGAGGCUCCUCGUUCUGUUUGUAGCGAAAGCUGCCUCCCUGGUUGGCGCAAGGCAACAAGAAGAGGACAGCCACUCUGCUGCUUUGACUGCAUCGCUUGUUCCGAAGGAGAGAUAUCCAACCAAACAGACUCAACUGAAUGCCUGCCUUGUCCAGAUGACCAAUGGCCCAACGAUCAGCGCGAUACCUGUAUUCCGAAAAUAGUUGAAUUCCUGUCUUUUGAUGAACCCUUAGGCAUUGUGCUUUCCAUCAUGUCUAUGCUAAUCUCACUGGUCCCCAAAUCAAUUCUAGGGCUCUUCCUUUGGUACCGCCACACACCCAUUGUAAAAGCCAACAACCGCCAGCUCAGUUAUGUACUACUGGGUGCACUUACUCUUUGCCCACUCUGUUCUUUUAUCUUCAUUGGUAAACCAUCCUCAGCAUCCUGUAUCCUGCGUCAGACCACUUUUGGCAUCAUAUUUGCCCUCAGUGUAUCCUGUGUUCUGGCCAAGACAGUCAUGGUGAUAAUUGCCUUCAAAGCCUCCAAACCAGGCAGCAAUCUACGCAAGUGGGUGGGCUCUCGACUGCCCAAUGCUGUUGCUUGUCUGGGCACCUUAAUCCAGGCUGGUAUCUGUGCUGUGUGGCUUGGAUAUGCACCACCAUUUCCACAAAACAAUAUGAACUCCCAGGUUGGAAAAAUCAUCCUGGAGUGCAAUGAAGGGUCAUCUCUGGCUUUCUGGUGCAUGAUGGGAUACAUGGGUGUCUUAGCCAUUAUUAGUUUCAUGAUGGCUUUUCUUGCACGAAAGCUGCCUGACAGCUUUAAUGAAGCAAAGUUCAUUACAUUCAGCAUGCUGGUGUUUGUCAGUGUAUGGCUAUCUUUUAUCCCUGCCUAUCUCAGCACACGUGGCAAAUACAUGGUUGCUGUGGAGAUAUUCGCCAUUCUCUCAUCUAGUGCAGGACUUCUUGCUUGCAUCUUCUUCCCCAAGUGCUAUAUUAUUCUGCUGAAACCAGACAGAAACACACGAGACUUCCUUAUGGGCAAAGGAGAUCCAGCUAAUAAAAAGAACUGA